AUGAAUUAUUCGACAUUAGAUCCAAUAUGUUCGAAAUCAUCUCAUCCAUUUAAUACACGUGAAGUGAAAGAAAUGCUUGAACAAUUAAUUCAACAAACAAUUGAUCAACAAAAUGAAUAUGAUUCGAAUAAAUGUACACAAUUAUCGAAAGAACUUUCACAAAUAAUAAAAGAUGCAAUGAAAACAUUAAAUUAUGAACGAUAUAAAUAUGUUAUACAAGUUGUAUUAGGACAAUGUCAAAAUGAUAAUUUAAUGAUGACAUGUCGUUGUUUAUGGGAUAUUCAAACAGAUAAUUACGCAUCAUAUGUUUAUUCAAAUACGAAAAUUUUUUGUGCUGUUACUGUAUUUGGACUUUUCUAUUAUUAA